AUGCUGAUCUCUCAUCCUCAACAAAGCCCUCAGAAACUUGGUUUUGGUGUAGAUCAAUUACCUGGCCUCAAAAUGUCUUCUGCACAGGGACUCAUCAAGUCUAGCCAGCCUGGCAAAUUCACCGCUACGUUCAACAUCGAUGGUAAUUUGUACCUGUUUGCAGGCAACGUCAACCCGCCAACCCAGCCCUUCGAAAACAGCGCUGCGACUCUAGAGUACAACUCUUCUGAGAGCCUCGAGGGGUCUCAGCAGUUCACCGGCAUCAUCGGAAGUCGCAACGAGGUCGCAUUCACGUUUAACGAUGGCACCGCGAUCAAGGGACCUCUUGAUAUUCCGGUAAACCCUGCAGCUCAAGUCAGUGAAUCUGAGGGCAAAGCUUUUGAUAAUGCUGAUCGAACACGUAGCACACAGGAUGUUAGCAGUACGCCCAACUUCUUCCAGCAAGCAUCUGCCCAGUCCUUCAAGCAAUCUCCUGCCGCAAGCAAGCCUGGAGAUUUUCACCUUGGAAAAGGAAAUGAUCUACGUCUAGUUGCGAGCUGA